CAGUCCAUCAAGAGCAACAAAUCAAAACAUGAAUUCAUUGAUUUUAAACUUGACCAACCGUCAGAUGCAAACAGGAAAGAAGAGGAACCAAAACCAGAACCUAGUCCUAGCUGUCUGUCCAUCAAGAGCAACGAAUCAGAAUCUGAAGACUUCCAACCUUCAGAUGCAAAAAGACUCAAGCAGAGCUCAGAAAUUUGUGAAUCUCCCCAAGAGCAUGAAAUACCUCCAGACCCCGUAUUUAUGGAGCUGGAGAAAUAUAUUAUGACGUUUGUGAAGGACGAGCUGAAAAAGAUCCAAAAGGUCUUGAGAUCAGAUUCUUUUGGCUCCUCAGAAGGUCAAGAAAAGGAUGAGGCAGUGCUGGGAAAUGAGGAUGAAAAGCAUCUGAACAGCAGCAGAGAGGCAUUUGUAAAGAUCAUUCUGGACUUCCUGAGAAGGAUGAAGCAAGAUAAUCUAGCUGACCUUCUGCAGAGCAAAUCACUCAUCACAAACCAACAAGCACUAAAGUCUAACCUGAAGACAAAGUGCCAGAGUGUGUUUGAAGGGUUGGCUAAAUCAGGAAAGCCAGCCUUUUUAAACCAUAUCUACACGGAGCUUUUCGUCACAGAAGGAAACACUGGGGAGGUCAAUAAUGACCAUGAGGUCAGACAGAUUGAAGCACAGUUCUGGAAACCAGACAGACAAGAAACAGUAAUUAGAGAUGUAGACAUAUUGAAACCCUUAACUGGAAGAGAUGAACCAGUCAGAACAGUGAUGACAAAGGGAGUGGCCGGCAUCGGGAAAACACUUUUGACACAGAAGUUCACUCUGGACUGGGCAGAAGACAAAGCCAACCAGGAUGUCCAGUUCUUAUUUCCAUUUAUGUUCAGGGAGCUGAACCUGUUGAAAGAGAAACAGUUCAGCUUAGUGGAGCUUGUUCAUUACUUUUUCAGUGAAACCGAAGGAAUAAACAGGUUUGAAGAGUUUAAGGUUGUAUUCAUCUUUGACGGGCUGGAUGAGUGUCGACUUUCUCUGGACUUCCAGAACAAUGAGAUUCUGACGGAUGUAAAAACUUCGGCUUCAGUGGAUGUUCUUCUGACAAACCUGAUCAGAGGGAAACUGCUUCCCUCUGCUCGCCUCUGGAUAACCACAAGACCUGCAGCAGCCAAUCAGAUCCCUUCUGAAUUCACUCGCAUGAUGACGGAGAUCACAGGAUUCACUGACCAACAGAAAGAUGAGUACUUCAAUAAAAGAUUCAGAGAGAAGAAGCAGGCAAAAAAGGUCAUCUCCCAUGUAAAGAAAUCACGAAGCCUCCACAUCAUGUGCCACAUCCCAAUCUUCUGCUGGAUCACUGCUACAGUUGUGGAAGAAAUGUUAAAAAAUAAAGAUGGAGAAGAGCUGCCAAGCACCCUGACUGACAUGUAUAUCCACUUCCUGGUGGUCCAGGCCAAAGUGAAGAAGAUAAAGUAUAAUGGGGGAGCUGGAACCGACCCACACUGGAGUCCAGAGAGUCUAAAGAUGAUUGAGUCUCUGGGAAAACUGGCUUUUGAGCAGCUGCUUAAAGGAAACCUCAUCUUCUAUGAAUCAGACUUGACAGAAUGUGGCAUUGAUGUCAAAGAAGCUGCAGUGUGCUCAGGAGUUUUCACUCAAAUCUUCCAAGAAGAGAGAGGGCUGUAUCUGGGCAGUUCAUUCUGCUUCAUUCACCUCAGUAUGCAGGAGUUUCUGGCUGCUCUUCAUGUUCACCUGACCUUCAUCAACUCUGGAGUAAAUCUGCUGACAAAAGAUAAACGGAAAUCCAAGGAUUUGGAUAAUAUAGACCUUAAAUCUGCAGAGACGGAUCUGUACAAGAGCGCUGUGGACAUGGCCCUAGAGAGUCCAGAUGGACACCUGGACUUGUUCCUCCGCUUUCUACUUGGUCUUUCACUAGAAACUAAUAGGCAUCGCUUAAGGGGAAUUUUAAGUCCAACAACUAACUUAGAAACUAAAGAGGAAACAGUCCAGUACAUCAAAGAGAAGAUGGAUAAUCAUCUGUGUGUAGAGAAAAGCAUCAAUCUGUUCCACUGUCUAAAUGAGCUAAAUGACCAGUCUCUGGUGGAGGAAAUCCAGAAAUCUCUAAAUACAGGACGCCUUUCAGCACACCAGCUGUCUCCUGCUCAGUGGUCAGCUUUGCACUUCAUCCUACUGUCAUCAGAGAAAGAUCUGGAAGUCUUCGACCUGAAGAAAUACUCAGCUUCAGAGGAUGCUCUACUGAGGCUGCUGCCGGUAGUCAAAGCCACUAACAAAGCUAUACUGAGUGGCUGUAACCUCUCAGAGAGAAGCUGUGAAGCUCUGUCAUCUGUGCUCAGCUCAAAGACCUCUAGUCUCAGAGAUCUGGACCUCAGUAACAACAACCUGACUGACUCAGGAGUGAAGCUGCUGUGCGAUGGACUGAGUCCACGCUGUGAACUUGAGAUUCUCAGGCUUUCUGGCUGCCUGAUCACAGAGGAAGGCUGUUCUACUCUGGCCUUAGCUCUGACUUCGAAGCUCUCUCAACUGAAGGAGCUGGAUGUCAGCUUCAAUUCUCCAGGUGAAGCAGGAAUGGAGAUUCUAGCAGCUAUACAGAAGGAUCCAAGCAUCAAACGGGAGAAACUUAAGCUUAGCAUGGAGCCUGCUGGAGACACAUGGUUGACACCAGGCAUGAUAAAGUAUUCCUGUCCACUAAGAGUCGACCUGAACACUGUAAACAAAUACCUCCAACUUUCUGAUGAAAACAGGAAGGUGACACGUGUGGAAGAGGAGCAGCCAUAUCCUGAUCAUCCUGACAGAUUUGACUGUCUCUAUCAGCUGCUGUGCACCAAUAGUCUGACUGGUCGCUGUUACUGGGAGGUGGAGUGGAGUGGUAAAGCUUACAUAUCUGUCUGUUAUGGGGGAAUCAAAAGAAAAGGAGACAAUGACGACUCCUGGUUUAGGUUGAAUCAUAACUCCUGGAGUCUAAUCUGCUCAGAUGAUGGUUACACUGUUUGGCACUAUCAUAAAACAGCAUUCAUCCCUUUCUCCUCCCCGUGCAUCUCUGGCAGAAUAGCGGUGUAUGUGGACUAUCCUGCUGGGACCCUGACCUUCUACAGAGUCUCCUCAGACACCCUGAUCCACCUCUACACCUUCAACACCACUUUCACUGAACCUCUUUAUCCUGGAUUUGCGUUUACGUACAGGGUAGAUUCUUGGGUGUCCUUGUGUUCACUUUAAGACACAGUUUUAGGGAUUGUAAUGGCACUAACAAAGUAAAUUUACUUGUGUACUGCACUUUUUUAUGUAUUUUUUUAUGGAACACUUCUUACUUUCACUUCACCACAUUUAAUUAUAAAAAAUCUUACUUUUCGCUCCAUUAAAUUUCUAUAAAGCCUUUUGUUACAUGUUACUUCUGUUGGCCAUGUUUUCUAAUGUAGUUUGCAUCUAUUUUGUGCCAUCUGCACUUUGAAAUUACACACUUCACCCCUAUAAGGUGGGUGGAAAUAUGUAGGUUUUGUAUUGGGUGUGAGAAGAAUAUUCAGUUUUGUCCUACUAGUGUUUCCAUACAGGUACACUGGGCAUGCUCAGAUGGGGUAGGCUGCUAAUAUGUAGGGUUUAUAUUUGUGCCACCAAUCUGACUGGCACACAAAGACACUGGUAUGCAGAUUAAAGACUUAGAUAUAUUUAUUCUGUUGCGGAUGCUGUAAUGUUGGGCAGAUGUUCGCCCUCCUACCAGAGGGUUGAAUCCCUGCCCAAGCACAUACUACUGUUGUAUCCUUGGGCAAGACACUAAAACCAACUUGCUCUUCUGGGUAUUGUGACUGUUACUGUGGUGGUUUGGAGGGACCGUAGGUCCAGACCAGCCCCCACCACUGAGUGGAGGAGAGAAAUGUGAAUAAUGCCUGAAAUUGUAGUCUUUGGAGUACAUGCUACAUUACAUUCCUUUGAAAUGCAUUAUUAAAAAUCUUUAUCGACUUUCAAGUACUUUGAAUACUUAAGUAUUUUUGAAAGUACAUACUACGGUACUUUAACUGAAAUAAUAACAUGACUGAGCUACUUUUACAUUUAUCCAUCAAUCCAUCCAUUUUCUAACACGCUUAUCCCUAUUGGGCUUGCGAGGGGUUGCUGGUGCCUAUCUCCAGUGGUCAAGGGGCGAGAGGCGGGGUACACCCUGGACAGGUCACUGUCUAUCGCAGUUUUUACAUUUAUUGUUGUAAUAUUUGACUAGUUGGAUCUGUACUUAGACUCAAAAAUAUUUUAUAUUAUCCAAAUACUGUGUGCUGACAUAUUUAUGCUGUAACUAACCUCUGCAAAAAUCAUUACUAAUUAAAGAAACAUAUUAAA